AAAAAUGAAGUGAGUUAUUUACUCGGAUCAUAGACAUUUUAAAUAAAAUGAAAAAUGAACCUCCACCUAUGCCAAAACCUGUUCCGAUAAGAAUGAAAUUCAAACCAGAAGGGCUACCCUCCCCUGUUGGACCAUCACCGGCAAGUCGUAACCGUAACCCAUUCGCUAGCAGACCCAGAGUUAUGCCUCCAAAGUCACCAAUGCCAACAUCAGGGAACCAGAACAAGGCAUUACAACGCAAGGCACAGUCUGACAUAUCUGACAUCAGGGACGACCCACCACUAAAAAGAAUCAAAUAUGAACCAGUGGAAGAUGUUGUCAUGGAUACAGAUGAAGUGGAAGAUCAUGACAAUGGACUUGAUAAUUAUGAUAUAGAGGAUGAAGAUGUUGAAGAAGAGACAAUUCAAAAUGAGGUGCAGAUGGAAGCUGAAAAACCUGAUGAUGUAAAGGAAGACGUAAAAGCGAGUGAGUCUCCAGUCGUGUUGACAAGUAGUGGCUGGGAAACUGUCCGUGGAGAAAUCACUGAAGAGCAAGUUGUACAUGAUAUAUCUGUUGACUCUUCAUCGUUGCCAUUGACAACAAAUGAUGAUGGUGAUCAAGUGUUUCGGUUUUACUGGUUUGAUGCGUAUGAAGAUCAUUAUAAACAACCAGGUAUCGUAUAUCUGUUUGGUAAGGUGUGGAUUGAAUCAGCCAAGUGUCAUGUCAGUUGCUGUGUUGCCGUUAAGAAUAUUGAAAGAAGAGUCUACUUACUACCAAGAGAAAAUAGAGUUAAUUUGAAAACUGGUGUUGAAACUGACGAGGAAAUCACUUUCAUGGAUGUGUAUAAAGAAUUCAAUGAUCAUGUCGCAGAAAAGUACAAAAUUAUGAAGUUUAAGUCCAUGAAAGUAAGUCGUCAAUACUGUUUUGAAAAAUCUGACGUCCCAGCAGAGUCUGAAUACUUGGAAAUACGAUAUAGUGCAGACUUGCCCCAACUGCCAUCAGAUUUAAAAGGAGAGACGUUUAGCUAUGCGUUUGGUACGAACACAUCAAGUACAGAGUUGUUAUUACUGCAUCGUAAAAUGAAAGGACCAUGUUGGUUGGAUAUAAAAAUGCCACAACUUCCAAAUCAGCCUGUCAGUUGGUGCAAAGUAGAGGCAUUUAUAAACAAACCAGAUUUUGUUUGUGUUGUAAAAGAUAAACAACCACCUCCAUUGGUUGUCAUGACUAUUAAUUUAAGAACUUUACUGAAUCCCAAAACACACCAACACGAGAUUCACAAGAUAGACCCUGAUAUCAUUGUAGGUCAUGAUAUAUCAAAUUUUGAUCUGGAUGUCUUAUUACAUCGUAUAAACGCAAACAAGAUUCCACACUGGUCUCGAAUCGGUAGACUGAAGAGACAAAUAAUGCCAAAGUUAUCUUCUGGUGGGAGGGUUGGUUUUGCUGAGAAAAAUGCAGUUUGUGGUCGUUUAAUAUCUGAUGUGAAAAUAUCAUCAAGAGAACUGAUCAGAUGCAAGAGUUAUGAUCUGACUGAACUGGCUAGUCAUAUACUGAAACACCAAAGGGAUGUCAUACCCAUGGAAAAUCUCAAAAAUAUGUUCACGACAUCUCGUCAGUUACACUCAUUGGUAGAAAACACAUGUAUGGAUGCGUCAUUAAUUCUGAGAAUUCUUUGUGAACUAAAUGUACUGCCAUUGGCUUUACAAAUAACAACGAUAUGUGGAAAUAUAAUGGCUCGUACAUUACUUGGUGGCAGGUCAGAACGCAAUGAGUAUCUAUUACUACAUGCAUUCCAUGAUAAGAAUUUUAUUGUCCCUGACAAAGAAUUCAGGAAGAAACAGAUUGCUGUUGAUCAUGAUGACAAUGAAGAAGGCGUUAAAACAAGUAAGAAAGGGCGUAGAAAACCUGCAUAUGCUGGUGGUUUGGUAUUAGAUCCAAAGAAAGUCAGUCACAUCCCAGUGUACAUUUGUCAGACAGCUCCCGGUGUGCAUCAGUCAGACAGCUCCCAGUGUGCAUCAGUCAGACAUCUCCCAGUGUGCAUCAGUCAGACAUCUCCCAAUGUGCAUCAGUCAGACAUCUCCCAGUGUGCAUCAGUCGGACAUCUCCCAGUGUGCAUCAGUCAGACAUCUCCCAGUGUGCAUCAGGUUGUGUAUAUUACUUUGUUUCAAAUUAAUUUAUUUUUUAUUUUUCAGUAUGAUAUUCGACAAAAAGCGUUGAAACUAACUGCCAACAGUAUGUAUGGUUGCCUUGGUUUUUCACACUCUAGAUUCUAUGCUAAACCAUUGGCUGCUUUGGUCACCAGCAAAGGCAGAGAGAUCUUGAUGCAGACAAAGGAACUUGUGCAAAAGAUGAAUCUUGAUGUAAUCUAUGGUGAUACAGAUUCUAUUAUGAUUAAUACCAAUACAACUGAUUUAGAUCAAGUGUUCAAAGUAGGAAACAAGGUUAAAAGUGAAGUUAACAAGCUCUAUCGGUUGUUAGAAAUUGACAUUGAUGGUGUGUUCCAGUCAAUGCUGUUACUGAAGAAAAAAAAAUAUGCUGCUCUUGCAAUUCAGAAACUCCCAAAUGGUAAAAUAAGCACAACUCAAGAACUCAAAGGUUUGGAUAUUGUAAGAAGAGAUUGGUGUGAUCUUGCUAAAGAUACUGGCAACUAUGUGAUUGGGCAGAUACUAUCGGCUGAGUCCAGAGAGAUCAUUGUUGAAAACAUUCACAAUAAAUUAACAGAUGUUGGAGAAAAAGUGGCUAAUAAUGAAAUGCCAAGAAAAAUGUAUGAAAUUAAUAAGGCUCUGACUAAAUCUCCCCAAGACUACCCUGAUAAGAAGAGUUUACCCCAUGUUCACGUAGCAUUGUGGAUUAAUUCUCAUCAAGGAAAAAAGAUUGGUGCUGGUGAUACUGUGUCAUACAUUAUAUGUGAGGAUGGUUCUAAUCUUCCAGCUAGCCAACGUGCCUAUCACCCCGAUGAGGUGGAUCGUAGACCAGAUUUGAAAAUUGACAUUAAAUAUUACCUGGCGCAGCAGGUGCAUCCUGUAGUUUCACGACUUUGUGAUCCAAUAGAUGGCACUGACACGGCCCAAAUAGCUGAAUGUCUUGGCUUGGAUCCCUCAGGCUACCGCCACUCCAUGAGACAACAGGAAGAUGAGCUAGAUGCUGUGCAUGGCUACGAAGCGCAGUUAGCAGAUGAAGAGAAAUAUAAAGAUUGUAAAAGAUUCAUAUUUAUUUGUAAAUGCGGGCGUGAAAACAUAAUGGACAGCGUGUUCUCUGGAAGUGGCUCCACAAUCCUGUGUACUUUAGACCACUGUUCAAAUCCGGAAUGUAAAUUGCAGCCAGCUGAGUAUAUCAAGUCACUAAGUAAUAAAUUAACACUAACAAUGAGACAAUAUAUCAACAAAUAUUAUCAGGGCUGGCUGACAUGUGAAGAUACAUCAUGUGGGCAGCGUACUAGACAAGUACCACGUCAUGUACAUCGACAAGGACUUGUAUGUACUAUGUGUCAACGAGCUGUUCUUAAACCUGAGGUAUGUACAUAG